CUGUAGAAUUUAUUUCUACUUCUCUUUAAAAUAAUACUUCUACACAAUGGAGCCACUUGGAGUUUCUGAGGAAUUACAGGAAAUGACACAGAAGCGAGCUGAUCCUUUUUAGGCAAUUCUGCAUUCAGGCAUAAACAAGGGCACACACCUGACAUUUAUACACAAGAAGUGACACACUUUGGCUCAGUAGUGGGAACGUAGUGAUGGUGGUGUUUUGAUGCUCGUCUCGUUGAACUGUCAGAGCUCAAUGUGAUGAGAACAGCGAUGAAGAUGGCUUCUCUCCUCAUCAUCACCAUGUCUCUGCUCUGCUUCCACGUCAUCAAAGGUUGUGACAUAAACGCUGUGACUGGCGGAAGCAUUAUUGUGCCAGUGAAAGAAAAACUGGAGCCCACGGAUACAGUGAAAUGGAUUUUCAACAAACAUAUCAUCUUUCGUGAAUCAGCAAGUGAAGUAAUUGCUGGGAAAAAAAGUAGUGUUACUACAGAUGGAUACCUCAAACUAAAAGAUGUGCAGAAGAAAGAUGAGGGAGAAUACAAAUCAGAGAUCAACGAUGACAAUGGAAUAUCAAAAGCUGUGAGCAUCAAGCGUUUAUGUGUGUUUGACCCUGUAAGAAAGCCUAAAGUAAACAUGAACUGCAGGAACGAAACCGUCACAUUAACCUGCAUCUUUAAUGAGAAAGAGGCUUCACAUCAGUGGUAUAAAAACGGCCUGCCCUUGAAAAAUGAGAAAAAAACACUGACAGAAGAAGCCAAAAAGGUCCAGUCAGACAGUUUCUUCUGCAAUGUGUCCAACAAAGUCAGCUCUGAUGUCAGCGACAGCGUGAAAAUUUCUUUAAUAAAAGACUGCAUCAAGCACAGUAAGUAUGCUGGCUUCAGUUUUCCAGAAAAACUUUUUGGAAUUAGCAUCUGGAUUUUCAUUGGUGGUGGAGGAGGUAUUGUCCUUGUGCUGAUUAUUAUUGUCAUUUUUUGCUGCGUUCGAGCCAGACGGAAGAAACAUAUGCGUCUGAUGGAUGAACAGGAGCUUCGUUUGGAGUGGAGCAAUCCAGAUCAGAAACGCUUUCAACGCAGUCUUCCUACUCCACCGGAACAACACCCUCCCUACGAGCAGCGGCGGAGGCAGCAACAGCAGCAAGCCGACCACGCCUGCCAUGCGGGCAAAGCUGGCCACACUGGCCCACGUCAAAGCCGUCCCAAACAGCAGCGCCCCACUGGCCCCGAUCUCCCCACCAAUCAGCCUCAGCCCAGCCCACGACGAGCUGCCCAGGUCCCCAAACCUGUUAAUAACGCUGAUGAAGAGCAGCCGCCCCCUCUUCCUCAACCCAGGAAGAAGCGUCCCUGAGCACUAUGAGCGUGAUACCGUUAUGUUCAGACAGCAUGAGCAGCUGUCACUUUUUUUUUUUUUCUCACAUUUUUUUGUGUCAGUUCAUUCAAACUCAGCCAGGAAACAAACUCGAACAUUUAAAAUCCUCAAAGCGAAAUUAAAAAUGCUCAAAUCAAACUUUUCUGAUUUAUAUCAAACUUUAACUUUGUAGUAUUACAUCAUGUGUAAAUUAUGUUGUCUUCCUUUUACUUUGAUGCCCUGAUUUAACUUUUUUUAAGAAUGACAAAACAAUAAUAUCAACUUUUUAUGUAUAUACAUAUAGCUAGUAGUCAGUUCUGUUUAUACUUGACUAAGUUAUGGAUCAGCGAACACAUGAAGGUUCUUUAUAAAAAUAUAUUUCUAAAAAUAAGUAGACUUGGUAUGAUUGGGGGUUGCAACAAUCGGCUGUUCUGAGUUUGCUUUCACACUGCUCUAAGUCAAACAAACUAUUUUUAAUUUCCCUCUUGGUUAAAUAAAGUAAAGUUUCAUUUCAUGGUGUUGUCUUAUUCCUGGAUCUGGUUCACUUGAAGUCAACUGAAACCUUUUCACACCUUUACAAACAAACCAGACUUUUUGAGCAUAUACACUAGGAUUCGGAUCAGAAGGGCUGGUAUAUUGUCGCAACCCCCAACUGAACCAAGUCCACAAUCAAGUCCACAAUCAUACUAUCCAGUUGACUGUAAGGUGCAAAAAUAACCUAGAUGAGCUGUUUGUAUUUAACCAAGUUAGAUAGCAGAAAUUGUUUUGUUGUCUGUAGCUGACUUUAGGUAUUAUGGCUUCUAUACUUUUGGCACUGUCUUGUUUUUUUUUUUGUUUGUUUGUUUUUCUAAACCAAACCUGUAGACUUCCAAACAGUCAAACUUCUCUUUAUUAAAAAAAAAAAAGAAAAAAAAUAUUUAAAAAAUAAAAUAAAAUCUCCCCCUGUUGGCCAUUUGAGAGAUCUUAUGUCCACAUAGGCUUAAUUUUCUCAUCUAGCUUUUAAAACCAAUGUCCAUAAAUAAUCCUAAAUCCAUCCUAAAUUUGCCCAUUUAGGUUAAAGACUAAAGGAGGCAGCACAACAAACAGUGGCUUUCUGUGCGCCCUUUAAAACAUGGCAGCUUCUUCUUCUUCAUUGUUUCUUUUGCUAGUCGGAUGUCGGCUAUGCUGCUCAGCACUGUCCUUGUGGUUAUCGGAGUUACUGCUUUGUUUGUUGCUUCUUUUGGGGACGCAUCUGGAAGAACUCUGGAAACAGACCAAAUUAUAAAGGAAGCAGAAGACGGACUGAUAGCUCUGUGUCCGGCUUUAGCGUAGAGCAUGAAUACACCUUAAAAUAGCUUUUAAACAUAUAAAGUCUGACCCGAGGAAGAAGGGGUAGAAAUUUCUAUUUUCUUUUAUUUGAAAUUUUAUUUUGAGCAGUUAGCAAAAAAUACAAAAAACACUUUGCAUAUAUGUGCUGUGUAUUACUGUGUAAGAACUAUUGUAGUGCAAAUGGUUUCCACGUGGGGGCAAGUAUCAGUUUGUAUAGAACAGGGUUUUGAGCAAAGUUUUUGCCAUAAAGUGAUACAAAAGGUCUCAGAAAUCUUAGGUAUCAAAUAUGUUACCUGCGGCAUUAAAAAGAUAAUAUCCGAUCUCUAGAGGUAGUGAAAGCACUUCAAGCAAAUUGUAAAAAUGACAUCUAUGUAUCUAAGUUUAAGAUAAUUAAUUGAUGUAUUACAAAAUGACAAUAUUAUGGUAAUAAAUUGCUGUUUAUAUGUAACCAAAGCAACCAGCUAAACCCCAUCUGUGAGACUGACAUGUUGUUUCAACAAACUAAGUUAAGACAUCUUUCAGAUGGAGAGUGCAUAUUUUAUUAAAUACGUAUAUAUUACAUACAUAUACUACAUACAUUAAUAUUUAACUGAGUUUUUAUGGUAGCAGUGGCAUAUAUGCCUUUCAUGGUUGCACAGAAAUACUUUUAUUUAGCUUCAGAUAUCAUUGUUUUCCAGAUGAUCAUACUAAAACAUGUCUUUAUUUUCUAUUCAUUUACUUCUUUUUAUGCAGACUGUAGACAAUUUGUUUUGACACCAUGCCAAAGAAAAAGCAGACAUUAGAGUAGUUUAAUAACAAUGCAAAAACUUUUACUUGUUACUACUGUUACAAAUGCAUGUAAUUUCAAUGUGAAAAUCUUGUGUAGUCUGUAAGCAGUGGAGUCUAAAUAAAUAUAACUUAAAGCAA